CAAACAACUUUUCCAGACUGCACGACUAAACUCCACAUCACGACUCGUCCAGCUGCGCUACGCGGAGAGGCUGAGAUUUAUCAAGAUUGUACGGAGAAAAACAACCGAAUCCCUCCAGCUAUAUACUUUAAAGGAUUUCACCUUGAUUUAAGUGUGUACACAUUUCUUUUUGGCUCUUUAAAUUGUUUUUUUUCCUCCCUUUACGUUACCGCCGCCUAACUGAAAAUUGAGAUGAGGACUUUGUGGUUGUUGUUCCUGGUCGGGCUGGCAAUCAGCGAAAAGAUGCUGGUCUCGUCCCAGUCGCUCUCAUUCAUGGGAGAUGACAUUUACAUUGAGGAUCAAACAUCAGGGGACUUCCCAAUAGAUGAUGAAGAUGGGGAUGACUACGGCUCAGGCUCGGGAUCCGGAGAUUACGACAAAGAAGACAAGGAGACUAUAAACAUCACAGAGUACUUCAAUGUGGCCGAGACCGAAGAAACACUUCCAACAAAGUCGGCGGUGGACCCUGCUAACAAUCCAACAACCAAAGUGAUGGACGCUGAUACAACAUCGUUCACAAAGGUCACCGAAGCAAAGGAGGUGCCGGAUAAGGACCUGGUUGCUGAUUCGGUCACUCAUUCUCCCAGUCUGAGCACCACCUCUGAGCCCGACAGCCCGAAAGAAGCAGAGGAGGACAACAGCCUGGAUAGGUGGGACGACUCCUCCAAAACCAAAGUCAAAGACAACAAAGACGACAAUGGAGUUCUGACCAAUGAGAUCCCCGAUGGUCAUGGCAGCAGAAUGUUUUACUCUCCUGAUGACGUAACAUCUGAGAGCAUGUGGGAGAGGACGGAGGUGCUGGCAGCGGUGAUAGCAUGUGUGGUGGUUGGAUUGCUCUGUGCCAUCUCCCUGCUGAUCCUCCUCGCCUACCGCAUGAAGAAGAAGGACGAAGGCAGCUACGAUCUAGGCGACAACAAACUGUCCACAGCAGCUUAUCAAAAAGCGCCCAGCAAAGAGUUUUACGCCUGAGCGGACCAAUAGAGACUCAGAAUGGAAACCAUCAGCCGCCAGUUUAGACUGAGAACGGCCCGAUUCCAUCUUUAUUUUUGCAGUCUAUCUUUACACAUCUCAGUCUCCAGUCGGCACAAUUGUCAGCAUUUGUGAUGGACAUAAACUCACAAGAUGGGUGAAUUAUAUUAACUAUAUUAUUGCAAUCCUCAGUGGCAUCAGUAAGAAAGAAAAGGUCUCGAGAGAGGAUCACAGCCAUUCUAGUCAGAGAAAAGUCUAUUCCACUAUGUGCCUUAUAAACCCACACUGCCUACCUAUGAUGGACUUGCUUCUGCAGCUGAUAAUAAUAUUAAUAACAAGUAAUGAGAAUGUUGGCUGAAACCAAAGAGUGGAACAGCUUCAGUGUGGUUAGAAUGCUCUCAUAAAAAGGUACCACAUAUGACGAGUAUUCCAAAAGUUUAGUCCUUCCUCACUUUUUUUUCUUCAAGGUCAGAUUUCAUGUGUUGUUACAUUUCAUUUAUCGCUUUUUGCUUUGACUGUAAGAAUGUUAUUUUGCUGCCAUGACAUUCCUUAUGUCCAUUUUUUGGUAUGCGCAAUUUGGUUUCCCUGCAGGUACUUUUUUUUUGUCUUAUAAAUCUUUUAUUGUAAUGGUUCAAUAGCAAAUGUCUUUAUCUUGUCUUUGAGAAUUGUAGCUUGUUUUUGAUGAAGUUUUUUGUAUCGUUUCUUUGAAGAUUUUGAUUUCCCAAUACCAUUUAAAAAAAAAAAAAAAAAAAUUCCA